AUGACUGGCGGACUUCACAUCGAGGAACACGAUCUGUAUGACAUUGUCUUCAAAGAGCCGAGAAGCUGGACCGCUGGCAUGGAUGUCAUCCCUGGUGUCGAAGGUCAGAUCCCCCCGCUGGCUACAUUUCCGGGGUCUAGCGUCAGAAGCAGCCUGCCCGGGGCCGAGUGGGAGGACUAUCUGAAUUCCUGGCUGUUCAGUAUCGAGUUCAGAUUAAGGCUACGGGACAACGAUUUCUCAAAACUUCGAAUCUCGCAAACCACCAGUGGUGCGGAGUUCCUGCUUUCGCUGUUCAAGGCGUCACGACAUGAAAAUUUGGCAUCGUCGAAGUCACAGAAAGAACGACUCUUGAUGAAACGAGCUUACAUGCUUCUAAGACGACUUCUCCUAGAGAUAAAUGUGCCCUUCGAUUGCGAGCUUUCGAAAUUGAUCGACCUGCUGUGCUUGGCUAGCUCUAUUUAUGCCUCAGUUACGGAUUGGAAGACCACUGUCAUGUCGCUAUGGAAGAGGAACAAAGCGCAAAUGACCAGUGCGGUCGAAGGCUGGAAGAAGGUCACGUCCCAGCUACUUUCGACUCAGCCAGAUUCAGUGUUGCUCUCCGACCAUUAUCGUCUCUUCAACUCUUGGCUCAAGAUAUCACCCGAAACAGGUCUGGUGUUGAUGACCGGUUCUGAUUACCUCGAAAUUUUGAUGGAGGCGUACGGUGCCCUGCAGACGACAUCUGACUUGGCGACAGCGCAAAAGCUCUCGACGGAGCAUAUUUUUUACUGCUUGCGGAGCCUCAUGUCGGACGGUCUGAAGCAUGGUUCCCUGCUGCUGGACCACCUAUACCAUAUGAAAUCAGAGGCUGACCGAGUGGCAAAGUCCAACCAUUCUCAGCCGACACUAUGCUCGAGCCUGGUAUGCCAUACAUCGUUCCUCAGACACCUAGCUGCUGAUGACUUUGUCAACUCUGGGAAAAGAGGUCAGGGAUUGGUUGAUGCCCUCACCACCUAUCGCCAGAAUACUGCACACCUGCAUCCACCAAUGGCACCUCGACGACGGAAAAUUCCAAAGGGCAAGGGCAAGGCCGAUGUGCAUGAAGAAAUGCAUAUCCAUAAAGCAUCCCAGAUCUCCCAAGUCCACGAUUUGUUCCCCGAUUUACCCAAUCAUUAUGUCCUUAAGCUUCUUGACAAUUUCAAUGAUGACACUGAAGCGGUGAUCGCUGCCUUGCUGGAACCAGAGUCCCUUCCUGCAAACCUGCGCGAACCAGGUUCGUUGGAAGGCAUUUCAGUGGACGUUGACGGGCCACCACCUGAACUGGCACCACAUUCGACGCCGCCGCUGCCUCCCCAAAGGAAGAAUGUUUUUGAUGGAGAUGACUUUGAUACCUUGCGUAUAUCGGCAAGUCGUUUACACAAAGGCCGGAAAGAGGUCACAGUCGGAAAGGGUACUGAGGACGAACAUACUCGAAGAAAAGCGGCCAUUAUGGCAGCCUUGGCAGCCUUUGAUUCUGAUGACGACGAACGAGAUGACACUUAUGACGUUGCCGAUGUUGGUGGGACAGUCGAUUCCACAUUGGACACUGACAGUCGACCCAAAUCGGAAAGAAAUCUUGAGCAGAACCCGCAUGAAGAGUCAUUGUUCCGCGCUUGGAAAGACAAUGAAGGGCUUUUUGCACGAGAGAGCAAGAUCCGAGCCUCUCCAGUGCGGCAAGACCUGAAGCGGGCGACCGGCAUGAGCGAUGAGCAGCUCGAAGGAUGGGCAAUCAUGUUGAAGAAGGAUCCAAAAUUGCAAGAUCGCUUGGAGAAGAAAUACGCAGUCUCAGGCACUUUCCGAGGAAACCAGACUGCGCUCGGGUCGACGAGAUGGCAAGGGGACACUCCUGAUGACAGUGAAGAAGCUGAUAACAGCAGUGGCGGACGUCGCAUGGGUCAAGCGCAAAUUCGCGGGAGCCGCACAUGGGGCCGUGGUCGAGGCGGGAGCACAGGGGGUCCAAGUGGCGAGGCUUCCACUCAAGCGGCACGAAAGCGAAAGGAACAGGGUAGAGGUCGGGGCGGAGCGAACCAUAGUCGACGCGAAGGCCGAGCGCGGAAGAUGGGCAGAGGGAUGGCAGGGCCGUCAAGCUGAUUGUAGAG